AUGAGUUGCCGGAGAUUCUUCUCAAUCCCGGUCCUUUCGGUGAUUCUGGUGAUGGGUAUCGUGUACUUCAUCACACUCUUCGUUUUCAUCGAUGAUUGGGUUGGUUUACAAAGCUCAGCUGGGAAAUUAAACGCCUUCCUCUUCAGCUUCUUGGCGUCUCUCUGUCUCUUUUCUCUCUCCAUUUGCGUUCUUAUAGAUCCUGGUCGUGUCCCGGCAUCUUAUGCUCCUGAUGUUGAGGAUUCUAGCUGGUCCCAUAGUAACGCUACAGAAACAAGGAAAUGUGAUAAAUGCUUUGCAUAUAAGCCUCUUCGGACUCACCAUUGCCGCGUUUGCAGAAGAUGCGUCUUGAAGAUGGAUCACCAUUGCCUUUGGAUAAACAACUGUGUUGGCUAUGCAAACUACAAGGCUUUCUUCCUUCUUGUGUUUUAUGCAACUGUGGCCUGCAUCUACUCCACAGUAUUGCUGGUUUGCUGCGUUUUCAAGAAUGGGAACUCCUACGCGGGAAAUAUUCCACUAAAAACUUUCAUGGUUUCUUGUGGGAUUUUCAUGAUUGGACUAAGCUUAACACUUGGCACUCUCCUUUGUUGGCAUAUCUAUCUCAUCGCACACAACAUGACCACCAUUGAGCAUUAUGAUUCAAAGCGGGCCUUGUGGUUAGCUAGAAAAUCGGGACAAAGCUAUAGGCAUCAAUUCGAUCUUGGCGUUUACAAAAACAUCACCUCGGUGUUAGGCCCUAACAUGAUCAAAUGGCUAUGCCCCACAUAUACUAGGAAUACUGAAGCUGGUAUUAACUUCUCUGCGUCGAGAGAUAGCUAA